UUUGGGGACACUCUGUCUCUAGGCCCUUAAACAGACCAUACCCCAAUUUCUUCCUUGCAGGGGCAUAGGUGAAAAACUGAAUGAAUUUAUGUGAGCCGUCAUCAGGAUCAGAUCUCGACAGAAUAACGAACCGAUCUAUAAAUAAAUCUCCCCCAUAUUUAACCGACGUUCUCUUCACAAAUCGACGCCAGCCAGUUCGGUUCGGACGUUUGGGGAGAUAAACACGAAAAUGAAGCUGGACGCGGAAAUCAUGUUCGACUGUUUAUUGUACAUCAACGCGUUUUACUAUGGCAUGUUUUUCGCGUGUAACUUCGUGAUGACAACUUCGAAAUACUACAGUGUUGUAUCCACACCCAACAUCGGAAGAGAUGCGGCCGUUACUUUCUCGCUUUUAGCGAUUGAAUUUUUAAAAUUGAUAAUUUAUAAGAAAUACAAGGAAGCGCACAGAGGUAUAAGCUCUACAUUCGUAAUCAUCAUGAAUGCUGUAACUUUGGCGUGCUGUUUCUACAUGUUGAAAAUAAUGAAUCCUGUACUGAAACUGGAAAAAUUGUUGUGUAUUUUGUUGUGGAUGCUUGCUUCCUGCGAGAUAUUCUUCGGAUGUCUACAACCAUGGUUCAAAAAGAAACCAUAUUAUACGUGAAUAUCCGUUAAAUUAUACCUAUAUUAUUAUGUAAAAAAUGCUAUGGUCAAGUUUCGACAGAAUAUUUGUACUAUUUUAAUAUAAUGAUGAGUUUACAAAUC